AUGCCGGGCUCGCGUUCGCGGGGCCGGGAGCGAUCCCCCUCCCGUGCGCACGGGGAGCGUCGUAAUCCGUCGCCAUGGCGUCCCGCCCAGUCCCCGGCGCUAUGGCCGGAGGUGGCUCGUGCCUCCGAGCGGUCUGCUGUGACCGCGCCCAUUCCGUCGCGGCCGUCGUCGUCGCUGCAGGCGUCCCCUCGUCGGUCGUCUCCGCGCCAGCAAUCUCCGCGCCAGCAGUCUCCCCGCCGUCCCGCCUCUCCCCAGCGAUCUCAGCCAGCGAAUAGUCAUGGGCGUCGAAAUCAGUCCCGGCGUUACUGGCGCCCGCGUCAUCCCCAUCAGCAGGCGGCUGACCCUGCACCUGUGGCGGCCGCUGCUGCCAUGGCCACGGGGACGGCUGCGGCUGAAGCUGUUGAGCGGGCGCUAGCGGCGCUUCCCGAUGCGGUGCGUGGUGCGAUGGCGCCGAGCCGCGUUCCCCCGCCCGUGCAUCUGCUGCAGAUACCCCCUCCGCUCGAUCUGUCGCCGGAUCCCCCGGCUGCGCCACCCGUGUCCUCUGCUGCGCCGCCUCCUGCUCCGCAGCUGCCGCCUCCUCCUGCGCCUCCCCCUGGCGCUCCGUUCCCUCCGCACGCCGGACCUCCGACUGUGUGGGGGGUUGCUCCCGGCGGACAGGCCCAGUUUCAUCCCAUCUAUAACGGUGGUCUUCCAGCUCUCCUUCCUGGCCUGCCGCCGCUCCACGAAGCUCAUCUCCCGCAGCAUCCCGCGCCGCCUCCUGGGCCUCCGGUUCCUGCCCCCCAACUCCCCGGGUUUGAGUAUGCCUCCGGGCGGGCUCCGUAUCACCCGCCCCUAGUUGCUGGCCCCGUGGCUGCAGCUCCACUUGCGGUGGCGGGAGCAGCAGAGGGGAUGGAUCUUGAUGCUGGUGAGUCGUCCGCCGCGCCGAUGCCUCGGGACAUCCGCCCUCCGCGUCGUCGGUCCGUUGGGGUCCGCCUGAGCUCCCGCGUGAUCGUGGAGCGGAUUCGGGCGCGGACCCGUGCCCCUCCUCGCGCGUUGCGGCUGUCAAGUGAGGUGCUUGUGCGAUUGUGGCACGGGCGGGCGUUUGUUGAAGUGGUGACGAACGUUCUUGAGGCUGCGCUGAGGGCGAUGGAGGACUGUCCCGCUGCACAUUGUAGGAUGGAUGCUGAUCGGACUGAACGGUGCCAGCUUGCCGUGCGGGACCUAGUUCACGAGCUGGAGCGGACGUUGGUUGGGCCCGGUGGGGAGUUGGGCUUGGGCGCUGGUGAGGCAUGCGUCCUCGAAGAGGUGGGGAUGAAGGUGCAGUCGGCAUCAGCUGUAGCUGUUGUAGACGGCUGCGUGUCCGCGCUCCGGCUGGCGGAUAAGGUUGUCGCCAGCGUGCUUCAGUUUGCGGGCGUGACUGAGCCUCUUCAUUUUCCCACUUCUUCAUGUUCUCUAUGGCCUGGUCCCUCCCUCCCCCACCUCCCCGCCUGCAGUGAUUUGUCGGGCAACUCUCUAGAGGGCUCCAUUCCUGCUGCCAUAACUGGUCUCACGCAGUUGCAGAAUAUGGAUCUGAGCGCCAACCAGCUAUCAGGGCCACUGCCCACCAUCCUUAGUCUUGCCACUUCUCUCUCCCACCUCGACCUCAGCAGCAACAUAUUCACAGGAUCGCUGCCUUUGGGCUACAGCCGCCUCUCGAAGCUCUCCACCCUGUCAUCUAUCACUCUGCAGCUCAUCUCAACCCAUCCCACACCACUCCAAACCAUUGCCAUCCCCACCUUACCGCUCUCACCCCUCACCACCGCACUGUAUCCCUCCCCUUUCAGGGCCCUGUCGUCCAACAUCCUCUCAGGCUCCAUCCCAGAGCCGCUUAUCGCUGCCCUAACCAACACGCCCCACCUGGACUUGAGUCACAACCAGCUGUCUGGAUCCAUGCCCUCCUCCCUCUCCCUCCUCACCAAACUCACCAGCCUAGACCUGGGUUUCAACCGUCUGUCAGGCACGCUUGUUUCAACCAUCAGCACUCUCACGGCCCUGAAGGCGCUAUCUCUGUCCAGCAAUGCUUUCACGGGUUCCGUUCCAGCAAACGUAAUUGCACAGAUUGGCAACCUGCAGAAGCUGGACCUGAGCUACAACCAGCUAGCGGGGGCCAUGCCUACAGAGAUCACAGCCUUGGAUGCCAUCACCAACCUCGAUUUGAGCCACAACGACCUGACCGGCCCUCUUCCAACCAGCAUCGGCGGCAUGACGGACCUUAAGGCCCUUGACCUGAGCAACAACCGUCUGCAUGGAACCGUCCCCACUCUUCUCACAGGCCUUGUCCGUCUCACCCUCCUCAACCUGCGCAACAACCAGCUGACAGGCCCCGUACUGCAGCCCAUCCCAUCAUCAGUCACCGUCUACAAUCUCGACCUCAACUACUUCUCCUCAGGCUUCUCCUCCCCACCUGAUUGCUACCAAGGCUCCAUCUCCUUCCGCUUCAACUGCCUUGAAACCCCUGGCCAAGGCUUCUCCUGCCCCACGCCUGCCACGCCCUCUGCUGCGGAUGCAGCGGUGCAGCGGCCAGAAGAGCUCUGUGCUGCCUUUUGUGGCGUGAGUGCUACUGAUCCCCCGUGCGACGGCCAUGGCGUGUGCUAUCUGGAGGGCCCCAGCAGAGUGCCCACGUGUGACUGCGAGUCCGGGUUUGUCAAUGGGGAGUCUCCUGGAACCUGCGUCGUCGAAGGCAGUGAGUGGGGGUGGGGGAGGGUGGGCGAUAUGGAUAAUAAAGAGGCGAAUGAGGAUGGUGUGGGCUGUGAGGACCCAGUGAUCGUGCAGCCAACAGCAGCACAGACAGAAGUGAAGGGAGGGGCGGCAGUGGCAAACGACGGGAGCAUCUCGCUUACAGCCUCACAGCCCAACACGUGGGGUGCAGCGUUCCUCCAACUGCCCAUCCCACUCUUCUCCUUCUCCCUGAAAGCCGGUGCCUGCGGCCGCCCUUUGGCCUUCACCGUCUAUUUCUCCUUCUCCAUUCUCAAACCGGCCACCGCCAGCAGGGCAGCAAUGACAGCAGCAGGAGACGCAGGCGACGGAUUUGCGUUUGUGAUUGCAGCCACUGACGCUGCUACAGGUGGUAGUAGUGGCAGCGGCGACGGCAGUGGUGGGGGCGGAAGCUUGGGGUAUGCAGGUAUGGAUGAGCGCAGCAUUGCAGUGGAGUUUGAUACUGCUAAGAGCACCGACGCCAAUGACCCAGACAACAACCACGUGGGAGUGAGUGUGAGGGGCAACACCUCUUCCAUCGCAACUGCCAAAGCGCCCUUCACUCUCAACGACGGCAGGCCAAAGCAAGCCUGGAUCGUCUACGAACCCUCUCCUUCCUCCUCUGGCGGUGCUGCUAGUGGCAGCGCUACCUAUGGCAGCAGCAACAGCAGCGGCGGCGGCGCGGGGUGGCUGCGGGUGUUUCUGUCGGCCAAGGGGUCCCCCCGGCCGAGCAAGGCAGUGGUGGUGAUGCAGGUGUCGCUGUGCGAGUUCCUGCAACCCACUGCAGCCGAAGCGUCGUUCCUCAUGGGCUUCACUGCUUCCUCCUCUGAUUCCCCACAGCUCCAUUCCAUACUCGAGUGGAACAUCACGACAGGCCAGCAGUUUGGGUUCCAGUUCAGCGAGGCAUCGCUGGCACCAGUGGGGGCGAACCUGUUUUUCCGCUACGCCAGUGCGGGCGUGCAGGCAGUGCUGCCAGCAGGCGGAGAAGGAGGGGAAGGGGGAAGCGGCAAGGAGGAGGAGGUGUGGGUUGUGAGCCAGGCGUUCUCCUGGACCGACCAGGGGCUUUCAUGGCCCGUCCAGAACCAGGGCGCCUGCGGCGACUGCUGGGCGUACGCGGUGGUGGGCAGCAUAGAAAUGGCAUACGGCAUUCUCUCCAACCUCACCGUUGUGCCACACCUCUCCGUCACCCAGCUGCGCAGCGCCCUCGGCGCCUCAUGCUCGCAGGGCAACUCGCCCUCCCAGGCCUUCCAGUACCUCGUCACUCUCAACGCCAAGAGCAAAGUGGGGCUCACGGAGGACGGCGGGACCGGGGUGGUGAGCAAGCCAUCGGGGGGGGCGUUCAGGGUGAAUGGUUUUGAGCGCACGGCAUUCCACGGCUGGUUUGGGCUGCUGCUGGCCGUGCAGCGACAGCCCGUGGUGGUGCAUGUGCAGGCCACCGUCCCCUCCUUUCUCGACUAUGAUGGGCUAUCCAAGUACGCGGACCCAGAGUGCUUCACGUACAACCUGAACCACGUGGUGCUGCUGGUGGGCUAUCGCCUCUCCGGCUCAGACCCCACCUUCCCGCACAUGGCGCCGCCCUUCUGGAUCAUCCGCAACUCAUGGGGCCCGGAGUGGGGCGACGGCGGGCACAUGCGGAUGGACAUCCAGGGGGGCGACGGCGUGUGUGGGAUCAACACGCUGCCUGGGAUCUACCCGGUGGUGCGCGCUGCCAAGGACCCCUGCAACGUCAACGGCACCACCAGUGGGGUGUUUGGGCCGCUCUUCAACCCCUGUGGCAACUUCACGUGCACGCCCACGCCUGAUGGGGCCAGCAACCACUGCGACUGCAACGACCCGCGAUUCGUCGAGGCGCUUCAACCGGACAACUCUCGCACCUGUGCUUACGAGGACGCAUGCAGGGCAGCGGUGCACAAUCCAUGUGCAGUGGGCACGUGUGUGAAUGAUGGCAAGGGGUCGUACUCGUGUGUGUGCCCUCCUGGCUUCAGGCAGGGCACCACUGUUGAUGGCACCUUCUCCUGUGGUCCAGGCGACUCCAGCAGCACAUACAAGGUGGUGUCGUUGGGUGUCACGUGUGCCGACAUCCACCCCGUCUACGGCCUCACUCUCGCCCAGCUGCAACAGCAAAAUCCUGGUUUGAGCUGCAGCACUCCUCUUCUUGUCGGCACGGUGGUGAACGUGGUCCAGCCAGCCGACCUCACGCCCUGCUCUGUCUACUACACCACAUCAGAGGGCGACACAUGCGAGUCCCUAGCCACCUACUUCUCUCUCACCGCCGGCUGCCCAACUCCCACCGAGCCCUGCGCAGCAGCCUUCCAGGCGCUCAACCCCGGGCUGGACUGCUCCGGCAGCGGGGAGCUGGUGGGUAGCCAGGCGGUGUGUGUGGAGCGGCGGGCGGAGAGUGCAGCGGCGCUGCUCAUCCCGGUGUGCUCGCAGUUCUAUCUGGUGCAGGCCGGGGAGACGUGCGACCAGAUCCGCUCCGUGCCCUCCCCACCACUCUCCCCUCUCGAGUUCUUCCGCCUCAACCCCGGCAUCAAGUGCAGCCGCCUCGUGCCCAAGACUGACGUCGGCAGCCUCACAGGCUUCGAGUCCUACCAGACCUUCCCCAUGCACUUGGAUUCCCACCUUCCCCAUGCACUUGGAUUCCCACCUUCCCUAUGUUCUUGGAUUCCCACAUAG